UGUCUGUUGGGGAGCCGGAAGUGUUCAUUUAUCGAGUGUGUCGCGACCAAAGUAGUCGCGGAUUUCAGCACAAACGCAGCUGAAAUUGUUAACGAAUAAACUCAACGGGACGAGCCGAAACCAGCGGAUAUUUCAGGUCUGGACGGUGAGACGUUAAGAAAAAAAAAGAGAUAUCCGUGAGUCUGCAUAAACCUGAAUGGACAAAGUACCAAAAGGUACACAGUAAGACCAAACCAACUCUCCCGAACCUUCAUCAUGCCUGUGAAAAAGAAAAGAAAGUCAUCAGGCUCAGAAGACGCCAGCAUCAGAAAGUGCAAAAUCAGCAGUUACUGUAGGACACAAACCUCAGGACGGCUGGUGAACCCAGAGGAUCAGUUCUCUAACAAGAAAUGCCUCACCUGGUUUUACGAAUACGCAGGUCCAGACGACGUCGUCGGACCGGAGAGCAUGGAGAAGUUCUGCGAGGACAUCGGAGUAGAGCCUGAAAAUAUUGUAAUGUUAGUUUUAGCCUGGAAACUUGAAGCAACAAAUAUGGGAUUUUUCACAAAAGAAGAGUGGCUGAAAGGCAUGACGUCACUACACUGCGACUGCACGGAGAGACUGCAAGGCAAACUGGAUUAUAUGCGCUCUCAGCUGAAUGACCCGGCUCUGUUCAAGAGCAUUUACAGAUACGCCUUCGACUUUGCCAGGGAUAAAGAUCAGCGCAGUCUUGAUAUGGACACUGCAAAAUCCAUGCUGGCGCUUCUUCUUGGAAGGACGUGGCCUCUGUUCCCAGUGUUUAAUCAGUUUCUGGAGCAAUCAAAGUAUAAAGUCAUGAAUAAGGACCAGUGGUACAACGUCCUAGAGUUCAGCCGCACAGUUAACACAGACCUGAGCAACUAUGACGAAGACGGAGCCUGGCCGGUGAUGCUGGAUGAGUUUGUGGAGUGGCAUAAAGCCAGAAUUGCAUUAUAGCACAAGCAGACGCUGAAUUAAAGCACAUCAGAGUUUUUGUUGGUUUUCGGUGUGCCUCAGACGAUGGCAUACCUCUCGAGGACUGCUUCGACAUGUCUUACAUCACUACCCAGAGACUCUUACAGUGUUACUUUAAAAGGAAAUGGCACAGAGGAAUCACAAGACAAAAGGGGAAAUAUUUUUCAUAUGUACUGAAUUUGUCGCUACAGGUCUAUUGCCAGUGUUAUAUGAAUUUUCUGAGCGGAAAACGGUCUGUUUGUAAUUUCCUUUCAUUUUUUUUUUCUCCCAAGUUUUACUUUGUUUAUAGUGUUUUGAAAAGGAAAUAAAUAAAGCAGUUGUAAAUUAA